GAUUCAUCAAAAGCACCAGUUAAACUCGCUAAAGUCGUCAAGGUCCUCGGACGUACCGGUUCUCGUGGAGGCGUCACUCAAGUGCGCGUCGAAUUCAUGGAUGAUCCCUCGCGGACAAUCAUCCGCAACGUCAAGGGUCCUGUGCGGGAGCAAGAUAUCCUGGCACUCCUUGAGAGUGAGCGUGAAGCACGGUGUGUCCAAAGAAUCCAUUUCCUGUUGUCUUUUGGCUGA